UCAUGGCACACGCCCACUUCGGACAGCAGUCAGGUAGACUAGUCAAACUUCAAAGUACUAAUUUAUUAUUUUUCAGGCAUCAAGAAAUCUCAUUUUAAUUUCAUUUGAACUCUGCAUGAAUGAUAGAUAUUAAGAACUAUGGAUGUGAGGUCUGUAGACACAAAACUUGGUAUCGAUUUAGGUACAACCUCUGUCAAAUUGUCGCUGAUCAAUGGCACAAGCCGCGAGGUAUUGUUUGCCGUCGCCCGUCCAACAGCGGCCAGGACUGUAGGCGUGGAGAGCCCACCGUUGUCUGAUGAACAGGACGUGAAGAAAAUUUUCAUCACUAUUCAAGCAUGUAUAAACGAUCUAGCACAGUUUUAUUCCGCAUGCGAUGUUACUUACAAAUUGAAGGCUGUUGGUGUAACAGGACAGAUGCAUGGAAUUGUUUUUUGGAGAUCUGACUUGACAAUCGAUGACAUUGUGAAAGAAAAAGAUGAUGGAAUUGAGAGCCAGGAGAAAUACAGUAAUCUAUUUACCUGGCAAGAUGGGAGAUGCACUCCUGAAUUUCUAGCUGAAUUACCAUCCCCUGACUCACACCUUAGGUUAGCUACAGGUCAUGGAUGUGCUACUGCUUUCUGGCUCCAGAGAAACAGCUCACAUUUUGUUCAGAGAUUUGAUCGAGCUGGAUCAAUCAUGGAUAUGUUUGUGACAUUGAUAUGCGGGAUAGAGACUCCUAUUAUGUCAACACAGAAUGCAGCAAGCUGGGGUUAUUUCAACUGCAAAACAAAUACAUGGAAUUCUCAAAAGCUGUCACGUGCUGGGUUCCCAGUUCAUCUUCUUCCUGAAGUGAGAGAUCCUGGUAGUAUUGCAGGUCAAAUCAACAGAUGUAGUUGGUGUGAUGGUGUAUUACCUGAAGGUGUUGAUGUAGGAGUCGGGAUGGGAGACCUUCCAUGUAACAUGCUACCAGUCUUACAGACACCAACUCAUGGAGUGAUAAGCAUCAGUACAUCUGCUCAGAUUGUUACUACCACUUCACCUGGUUUCACUCCAACGGCAUCGGACGGCUCAUCCCCCAUUGAGUACUUCCCAUAUUUUGACAGGAAGUUCCUCUCUGUAGCUGCUUCACUAACAGGAGGUAAUGUCCUUGCCCACCUGGUGACUACACUCCAGGAGUGGCUGAGUGCUUUAGAUUUACCCCAAGCAUCCGAUAAAGAUAGAUUAUUCUCAAUAAUGAUUGACUCGGGUUUGAAAUGCAAGGAUACCACGCUUGAGGUUGAUCCAGUCCUUGGAGGAGAACGGCAUCAGCCAAACAGAAGGGGUUCGGUGUCCAACAUUGGGUUCGAGAACCUAUCUCUUGGUGACAUCUUCAGGGCCACUUGCAGAGGUAUUGCAAAUAACCUCAGCAGAAUGUGUCCUGCAGAAGAGAUGGUUUUCAAGGGAGUGACACAGGUUGUUGGGUGUGGCAGUGCCCUGCUUCGUAACCCGGUACUCAAGGAAGAAGUUGAGAAAGUAUUUCAGAGUUUGCCAUUUGUGUAUAGUGAUAAGGGUGAUGCAUCAUUAGGAGCAGCAUUAGCAAUGUGUACAGAUUAAAUCAGUUAAUACACUGCUUUUUUAUCACUUUUACUUUUUCCUGGUGAUGUUCAACAUUGUGGGAAAAUUAGUUGUCUUGGUGGAGCAUAAAGGUAAAGAGAACCGAGAAACAAAGAAUUACAAAAGAAUACACAGAUGCUCUGUAGCCUUUGAUGGCAACCUAUGAUGCCGCCAGUUUCAUGCGAAUAUUAAAAAGUGAUCUGUGUUGAAAAUAGAUAACUGGGAUAUUUCCAUUUUUAUUUGAGCAUGAAACAUAGAUAUUGAACACAUGAUGAAAUAUACAUCAAAGGCGUAUUGUGUGUCAUGAAAUUGGGCGAAAUGUUGUAUAUCGUUUAAAAUGUGGUAAAACCUAAUGAUUUGACGUUUUUACAAAAUCCCACAAACCUCCACAGCAGCUCAAUGAAAUGGUCGCCUGGUAUAUUAUAAGCUUUCUCAAAGGAUUUAUUUAAAAAGGAAAUGGUUGUAAAAUGAAAUGCUUUGCAUAAAAUGGAAGCAUUUUUGUUUCAUACAAACAAUUCACUAGUUUCUAGAAUAACUGUACCAAACCUGAGUGAAGUUGAAAAGUAAUUGUCAAUUUUCUAUGCUUCUACAGGCUGCGAUAAAUCUGUUAUGAAAGCCCAGACAAUAUUUGUCAAUCUGUCAUCUUUCUCCAGAAAAUAUAGUGUUUUUUCAAAGCAACAAAGAUGUUUCUAUAAAUACUGCACUCUGAGAUUAAGUGGAUUUAAAGGGCAAAAUAAAACAAACAUAGAACUAAAAAUCAUAUUGUAUAAUCGGAUAUAAACUGUCAAAUUAUCAACCUUUUUUUUAUUUUGCACUGUUUUGAAAGAAAGUAUACUUAUGUCUAUAUCAAUAUGAAUCUAUAUUAAUAGAGUGAUUUAGUAUUUCAUUAAAUAACAAUUAUUUUUAAAUGUUAUGCAAAAAUGUAGUGCAUGGUCAAGUUCUUCAAUUAAUGUGUUGAAUCAUCCUUACAAUUCCAACUUUUGAUCCACGUUCAUGAAAAAUAUUGCAGGAUGUCAUAUAUAAUGGUAAUGAAAAAGUUGACUUUUGAGUUAUAACAGCAUCAUCUCUUUCUCUUGCAUGCACAUCACAUUCUUAGGAAAUACAAAAGUACUAAAAUAAUCUUUCCUUUCUUAUUCACUUUUACUAUUACUGUUUUUGAAAUAAACUGUGCAUGGAAUAAUACCCUCACACUGUACAUGUAAGUCCACGCUAGUAAAAGAGAAUAAAAGGAGAAAUAUCAUACGAGCAUAACACUCAAAACAUCAUAAUCGAUAUAAAAUAGGAACGCUAUGACAUUUCAAAAUUUCACUUAAUUUCAUAUUGAUAAAUGCACAUUAUGGUCGUUACAGGAGUUAGAAACACCAUUUAUGUCUUAGUAAUUUUUCUUACAGUAUGUGCUUUGCUUUAUGAAAUAUGAAAUAUAUUUGC